AUGGGCUCGCAGUCUGAAGAUGAAGAGGACUCACAAGAUGCCUUGCCUUUCGAUGUUGAUGAAGUGAUGGCGGCGAAGCGUGACAAUCCAGGUAUGUUUGUUAGUGCCUGGCAAGCGGAUGAAAAUGAUAUUGACCAGUGGACUGAAGCUCAGAUAAAAGCUGAUCCAACUAAACAGUUCAUUGUUGCAGCGGAAAAAAAUGAUAUUCCUACAAUUUUCAGUUUAAUUGAAUCAACUAAACGAAAAGGUUUAAAAAGUGAAGCUAAAUUAAAAGAAUUACUAUCAGCCAAAGAUCAAGAUGGUUAUACAGCUUUGCAUCGUGCAGCAUACGCUGGAAGUGUUGAUGUCUUGAGGUGUCUUAUAAAACAUGGCGCAAAUGUGAACAAUCGAACAGAAGAUGGAUGGACACCGUUGCAUAGUGCUGCCUUUUGGAAUCAACUGGCUAGUGUACAGUUACUUCUCGAAGCUGGUGCAGAUCAAAAUGCUCUUACUAACAGUAAACAAACUCCUCUGCAUUUAGCUGUUACAAAUAAUCAAGGCCCAGAAACAUUGUAUCUAUUAAUGGCUCAACCAGGAGCACCAGUCUACGGUGUACGUAAUAAGUUGGGUGAUGAAGUUGCAGAUAUUAUCAAGAAGAAUUCACCCUAUGGAGAUGUAUGCUAUGCAUUCAGUGAACCAGCGACUAAUUUAACAAAAAAGACCAUUAAACGAUGA